CCAUGGGUGUGUGCAUUUGUGUUUGCUCCAGCCGCUCCAGCAGCGUUUUGAUCUCCAGCCAGACGUCUAGCCGAAUCGAACGAGAACCAUCCGCGAGUGUUUCCGAAUGUAAACAAGUCUAGCGGUACUUUCGCGUGUUAUUGAUAAUCGCCGUCGUGAACGUCGUGAAAUUAAUAGCUAAUCCUGCUUCGCUCAGCUGAUCCAACUUGUGGUGGCAAAGCCCAACUUGCAUCGUGACUUGGCCUGUGACCGACGACCGGCGGUUCUGAUUCAGUGUGGAUUCGCGUUUAUUUUGCUUUCGCAAUCGGCUCGCGCGUAAGGAAUUUGUGAGGAAAAUUUACGACGUUAUCAGCGUAAUCGUGUGUACGACGUCCUACGACGACGACGGGAUAAUCCAUCUCGUUACAAAAAAAAAAACACAUAAAUCACUGCGUCACUACCGAGAAAUUUGGUGGCGUGCGAACAAUCUCGUCUUCAUCAGUUUCAGCGUGUUUCGUUAGAAGAAAAGAAAAAGAAACCCCGCCCAGCAUCUUCCGACUAUGACCGGUACCAUGGCAAUGGCUACUACGGCAGGAGGCAAAAAGCUAUCGAUGAGCAAACAGAACGAGCUCAACACGCUGGUGGAUUCGCUCAUCAAGGCCAGCUUCCUAAAAACGGCCAAUCUGAACGAGCAGUUCAAGCAGUACCAGGAUAUGUACGCCGUGCUGGAACGUAUUCGCAAACUAGAGUCCGAGUUCAAGCUGAAGACCAGCAAUGGAAAGCCUCGGCAGGCCAACAUCGAAGUCUUGUCGGUGGGCCAAGGAGCAGGGUUGCCAGUUCGAUGGCGUCAAGAUAUCCGAGUUUUCCGGUUUCGAGCUCGGGCUGGAAGCGACCAAGGAUUUCCAGGAAGGGGACGUCUUCGUGACGGUGCCGAAAAGUUGAUCUUUUCGGUGACGGCCGACAGCAAGAUUCCGGACAUCAUGAAGGACAUCCCGGUCAUGAUGGUGCAAAAUUUGUCGAACCUGAUGCUGGCGCUGCUGCUGAUCGUGGAACGGUUCCAGCAACAGUGUGUGGAAGCCCUACCUGGACGUGCUGCCCGAUCGGUACUCGACGGUCAUGUCUUUAGUCCGGCUGAGAUGGCUGAACUGAAGGGGACCAGUGCGUUUGGGGCGGCAUUGAAUCACUGCAAGAACAUUGCCCGGCAGUAUGGGUUCAUCAAGAAGUUCAUACAGGGCAAGACGGCGCUGUUGAAGGACAACUUUACGUAUGAUUUGUACUGUUGGGCUGCAUCGACGGUGAUGACGCGCCAAAACCGCGUGCCGGUCAACUUGCGAGGAGAGGAACAUCAGCAGCGGGACCAAACGACGUCGUCGUCGUCGUCUUUGGCACCGGCUGAUGGAGAUGCAGCGGACCAAGGCGCCGAAUCCGGGCCGGUGUUGAUUCCCCUGUGGGAUAUGGCAAACCACAUGAAUGGCCAGAUCGCUACCGGCUACAACGAGGAACUGCAACGGGUGGAAAGCCAAACGCUGAAGGCCUUCGCCAAGGGGGAGCAAAUUUUCAUCUACUACGGGAACAGGACGAAUGCGGACUUUUUGGUUCAUAAUGGAUUUGUAUUUCCCGACAACAGUAACACCAACGUUUCAAUCCAGCUAGCACUCAACACCGGCGAAGAACUGUUCGAUCAACGGAAAGAACUUCUGGAAAAGCUAAACGUGCCUACCGCCGGAGAGUUCACGGUUAACCGUGGCCCAGACUGCAUCCCGAACGACCUGCUAGGGUUCGCUCGGGUCUUCAACAUGACCAAAGACCAUCUGACGCACUGGAUCGCCCAAGAACCUGAACUCGUCAAAGUACUGCUCUCGCCGGAGUGUGACCUGGACGAAUCGUUCAAAGAGAAGGUAUGGAAGUUCCUGUCCAUCCGAUUGCAGCUAGCCAUGCGGAUGAGUGGAACCACACUGGAGCAGGACGAAGCUCUACUGACGAAUCAGGGCCAAAAAGGAACGCCCAAGCUGGGUCACAUCAAAAGCAUGCUGGUGCAGUACCGAGUGGUGGAGAAGCGCAUUCUGACCGAUGCCGUGGAGUACUGCAAGCGGAAGGAGCUUGAGAAGAAAUGAGGAUCAUGAAGGAUCAUCUAACCAAAUUUGAAUUUACUUUAUUCGUUUGCCCAUGUUACUUUUCUUUUUUCAUUCAGCUGUCUUUGAUCAGUCAUGAUGCUUUUACUCCCUAUGUUGAAAUUCAUGUCAUAAUUUUCAUCAUUUCCUACCAUAAGAAUUGAGACAUCCCAAAUAUGCUUCGUAGCGCUACUUUACCAGUAUUCAUUUUACCUACUUUUGUGCGUUUGUUCAAACUAUUCUACGCAUUCUAUUUCGUUAAGCUAGUAGUUUCCCGCAAUGUACCUUUAGCAGCCGUUUCCUGAGUUUUUAGCUAGGCACACAUCACAGUCCAAAUACAUGAAUCAUAUACCAA